AUGGCCGCCCGAAUUGACUUCGACUUUAUCCCCAACAAUUCCCAUCUAUCGUCAUUAGCUCCGGAAUCAUUAUUCGUUAAUGUCGGCGGCGGCAACGGCACAAUCAGUAUCGGCCUUGCUGAACGCCUACCUCACCUCCACUUCUUGGUGCAAGAUGUCGCUCCCCAUGCACAUGCUCAGUCAUAUACGACUAAAGGAAGAGCAUCAACAGGAGACAAUCACCGGGUGAUUUCGCAGACACACGACUUCUUCACCCCGCAGACCGUCGUCGGCGACACAUACUACUUCCGAAAUAUCUUCCACAACUGGCCCGACUCCCAGUGCGGGGAAGGUUAG